AUGGAUGAUCUCGCGAGCGUGCUUGCCGCUGCGGGCCUCAAGUCACAAGGCAAGCACACUCCGAUGGUGCCGAAGCGACCCCCAGGGGGAGGCAUGGGCGGAGGCAUGGGCGGAGGCAUGGGGGGAGGGAUGGGAGGAGGCAUGGGGGGAGGCGGAGCACCCAGCUGGGGUGUCGGCGGCGGAGGAAUCGGGGGAGGCCAGAUGGGCGGCAGCGGUGUGGGUUCCGGAUUGGGGGGAGGCACGGGGGGAGGGAUGGGUCGAGGGGUGGCCGGGGGUAUGGGUGGGAGUUCGGCGGGAGGUAUGGGAAAUCUAGGAGGUAUGGGGAAUUUGGGAGGUAUGGGAAACUUGGGGGGUAUGGGGAAUUUGGGAGGCAUGGGAGGAGGAAUGGGAGGAGCAGGAGGAGGCAUGGGAAAUCUAGGAGGUGGGAUGAACAAACCGGCUGCCGGUAUGGGUGGUGGCAUGGGUGGCGGGGGAAGUGGCAGCAUGGGUAGCGGCAUGAGUGCCGGCAUGGGCGGCGCCAUGGGUUCCUUUGGAAAAGGCAUGGCCAGUGGCGGUAGUAGCGGCGGGAGUCGCGGCGCGGGUACCGGCCUUUCCAACAACGCGUUCGCGGGGCUGGGAGUGGCGGAUUUCGGGCUCGGAGGCGGAAGCGGAGCGGGGAGUAAGAGCGGCGCGGGCGCAAGCUCGUCGAGUCGCGGCCAAACCCCCACGAGAUCCGGACAUUCCGGCAGAUCGUCGCCGUCCGUGACCGAGGAUCUCUCGUCAGGCUCUACUGGCGGCGGCGGCGGCGGCGGCGGCGGAGGGGUGGCUGCGACAGCUUCGGCGUUUGACGAGCUGAUGAGCCAGGGGUUCGAGAUGCCACCUUCGUCGUCGUCCGCGACGUCGUCCGCGAAAGACCGGCGCGAUCCGUCGCCGGUGCCUGCUGCUCACGCGGACGACGAUCUGCUGGCCGGAUUCGGCAGUUCCGCCAAGCCCACGAGCACCGCUGGGGGACUAUUCCCCGAAGAGGGAGGGCCCUCGCCCAUGCCCUCGCACUCCUCCUCCUCUGCUGCGCCCUCUGCUGCUGCUGACCCGUUUGGAGUCGACCCGUUAUUCGGUACAGGUGCCCCUGCCUCUGCUGCUGCUGCUGCUGCUGUUCCCGAUCCUUUUGAUGCGUUUGCCAUGCCUACUGCUGGAAGCGGCUCGGGAGGCUCGGGAUUAGGGGCAGCAGGAGCAGGCGCGCGCGGCUCAGGCGGGAGAGGGGGCGGGGAGGAAGCAGGAGGGAGACGGCAGCAGUCGGAGCAGAGAGGGGGAGGUGGUUUGGAUGGGUUUGAUGACUUUGCUGCUGGUGGCGGUGGGAGGGGAGGAGGGGACGAGGAGGAGGAGAGGGGGGGGCCGCCUAGGAGGCGUAGGGCGGGAGCGGCGGCGGCCAAUGGGGAGGUGCCAGGUGGCGGUGCCUUCUCAGUUCUUCAAGCCUCUCUCGCCCACUCUCCUCUCCCCCUGCCCCACCCACCCACGUGCAGCAACCAGCGCCACCAAAGCAGCAGCCUUCUUCAGCCGAUGAUUGGGCCGACAUUCUCGUGUGUUUCUCUCAUUCUUGGUUCAAUCCCAUCGUCCUGUUCUUCCUUCUUCCGCCCCCUCUCCUCCCCUCCCCAUAUCCCCCUCCCCCACUUCCCCCUCCCCUCCCUCUCCUCCUUGCCCUCUCUUGCUUUUCCUCUUGUCAUGUCCCUCUCUUCCUUUCCCUCGUCACUUCUCAUCAUUUCCGUUUCUCUCUCUUCCUUUCGCCUUUUUCCCGCUCCCUCUGUCCCUUUCCUCCGUUCCUCUCCUCUCCCUCUGCUUCUCACAGCAUCUAUUCCCACCCCACCUCACCAUCAGGACCAACUCUUCUCUUGUUCCCUUUCAUUCCCGUUCUCAACUUUUGAGACGUCUCAACGUUCUCACAGCAUCUAUUCUCACCACAUCUCACCAUCAAAACCAACUCUUCUCUUGUUCCCUUUUAUUCCCAUUCUCAAAACCCAUUCUCUCCCCUCCUCUCUCUUCUCCCUACCUCUGCCCCAACUCCAACUCAUCCGUUCCACCCUCACUCUUCCCCUUCGCAUGAGCACCACAGGGGGAGGCGGGGGAGGGGGAGGAGGUGGCGGAGGGGCAGCAGCAGGCGCGCGGGCGGGUGGGGGAAGUCGGCUGGACGAGUUUCAGGAGGUGGAGGGGGAGAGUGAGGAGCGGCGGCAGCUGCGAUACGAGCGGUUUCAACGCCUGCAGGAGAGAGCGGUGAGUGGGGGGGUGCUGGGAGUGGGGAUGGGUGCAGGGAUGGGCGCAGGAAGGGGCGGUAAGAUGGGGGGUAGCGAGAGAGCACGUCCCUUCUUCUCCUUCCACCCCUCCACCUCGUCCGCCCCUUUCCCCCCUCCUCCCGCCCGUCCUUUCCCCACGGUUUCCCUCUCUCUCUCAUUCAUCGCCCCGCAUGCUCUCUUCCUUGCAUCGUCCAGCUUCCUCCUUUCUUCUCGCCCACACCUACCGUCCCUUCUUCUCAUUCCACCCUUCCACUUCUUCCGCCCUUUCCCCCCUUCCCUCCCGUCUCCUUACUGCCCCCCCUUCCUUCUGUGCGACCCGUACCACCCCUUUCCCCUUCCCCCUUCCCCCCGUCCGCCCUUCUCCCCCCCUCCCCCCCGCCUGCCCUUUUCCCCCCUUCCCCCCGUCCGCCCUCCCCCCCCUUCCCCCGCUUGCGCCCCGUGGCAGGCAGCAGCGCUGGAUGAGAAGAAGAAGCGAGACAUGGACGUGCUCAAGGAGCAGGAGGACCGCCACAAAGCCGGCGAGAUGUUGGACGUUGAGAUCAAGCGGUGGGCGGCGGGCAAGGAGGGAAAUCUGCGCGCGCUCCUCUCCACACUGCAGUUUGUGCUGUGGCCGGAGUGCAAGUGGGAGCCGGUGGCGCUCACAGACAUCAUCAGUGCGGCAGCAGUGAAGAAGUCAUACCGCAAGGCAGCUCUGUGUGUGCAUCCAGACAAGGUGCAGCAGAAGGGCGCUACAGUGCAGCAGAAGUACAUUGCUGAAAAGGUGUUCGACCUGCUCAAGGCAUACUACGGCCAGGCGGGGCAGCCACCGCCGGGCUACUACCCCGCCGCCGCCGCCGCUCCCCAGCACCACCCCUACAUGUGGGGACAGCAUAUGAUGACGCCCUACGGCCAGCCUCCCCCCUAUGGCGCCCCCAUGUACCCCCCUGCUGCCAUGUACCCGGCAAGAGUUGCUGCCCCUGCUGCCAUGUACCCG